UCCUGGGCACAUCCAUCGCAGGCUCAGUGUACGGUGAAACCAGAUCAGUUUUCUUUUCAACACAGUUUUAAACAGCGACGCGGGUGAUGGAAUGCCUUUUCCGUUUGCGGGUGACCCUCUCCACGCAGAGUCUACGCAGGUGCUGACAAAAUGUGGACCAUUGAUCUAAGAAUUCAGCAGCGUGGGGAUUCUAGUAACUCAGAGCUGACACAUUGUGCCUGUACAUCUUCUAUUGGGCAAUGGAGGGACACCCAGGGAACUGGUCUGCCCUGCACAGAAAGUCUGUGAGGGACAAUGGUGCCUUGCUGGGGAAUGACAGCCGCAGGAGAACCACUGGGCAUGUGCAAGAGCUGUUUCAUGAGGAUGCACAAGUAUCCCAGGCACAGGGUCAGCCCUGGUGGAAGGUGCAGCUGUUUGUUUGGGACCCUGUGCUGUUCGGGACCUGGGAUGGGGUCUUCACCACCUGCAUGAUCAAUAUUUUUGGAGUCGUUCUCUUCUUGAGAACUGGGUGGCUUGUGGGCAACACUGGUGUUUUGCUUGGCAUGCUCCUGGUAUCCCUGGUGGUGGUGGUUGCCUUGGUAACCGUGUUUUCGGGACUGGGAGUGUGUGAGCGCUGUCGAGUUGGAAGCGGUGGAGUGUAUUCCAUGAUUUCGACAGUCCUUGGAGGGAGAGUAGGAGGGACAGUCGGUCUCCUCUACGUCUUUGGACAGUGUGUUGCAGGUGCCAUGUACAUCACUGGCUUCGCAGAGUCCAUUGCAGAGGUGCUGAGCCUCAGCAAUAUCUGGGCUGUCCGGGGGAUUUCCAUGGGAGUGCUGCUGGGGCUUCUGGGAAUUAAUCUCGCCGGGGUCAAGUGGAUUAUCAGACUCCAGCUGCUCCUGCUGGCCGUGCUCGCUGUCUCCACACUGGACUUCGUCGUGGGGACGUUCUCUCACUUAGACCCAGCGCAUGGCUUUGUUGGGUAUUCAGAGGAGCUGCUCCGUAACAACACCCUACCAGACUACACCCCUGGAGAGUCCUUCUUCUCUGUGUUUGGGGUGUUCUUCCCUGCAGCCACAGGUGUGAUGGCCGGGUUCAACAUGAGUUCAGACCUCCAGAAGUCAGCGAUCAGCAUCCCAGUGGGGUCCUUGGCUGCCAUCGGUGUCUCGUGGUUCCUGUACUUGGUCUUUGUGUUCCUGCUGGGUGCCAUUUGUACGAGGGAGGCGCUGCGAUAUGACUUCUUGAUAGCAGAGAAGGUUUCCUUGGUGGGGUUCCUGUUUCUACUUGGACUGUACAUUUCCUCCUUGGCGUCCUGUAUGGGUGGUCUGUAUGGGGCGCCCAGAAUCCUUCAGUGCAUUGCACAGGAAAAAGUGAUACCCAUCCUUGGCAUCUUAGGACAAGGGAGAGGACCAAAUAAGACACCAGUUGCUGCCAUUUGCUUAACAAGCCUCGUCACAAUGGCGUUCAUCUUCAUCGGCCAGGUUAAUGUCCUGGCCUCUAUAGUCACCAUUAACUUCAUGCUGACCUACAGCAUCAUAGAUUACUCCUACUUCUGUGUGUCAAUGAGCUAUAACCUCCAGAUGAAACAGAGGAGGCAGCUACCCAAGGAAGAGUCCAGAACUUUGAUCUACAGCAGGCAUUCCUACUAUGGAACAGAUGGUAUGCAGAACUGGAGAAACGGGACCUUGCUGGAAUUCACAAAGGACAUGGACCAGAUAUUCCAGCCUGUAUACCCUGACGCGGAGAACAAUGAACGAGAAAAGAAAGAGAAGGAAAGUGAAUUAAAUCAGAAGAGCAAACCGUGGGGAACGCGGAAGCCGGCCAAGCAAACGUUGAGGGAUAGUUUUCGGCUGGAUUUGGACAGGUCUGCAGCCUCGGUUAAAGAAUGUGCCAAGACCUCCGACACCGAGUCAAUGAACUGCAGUGAAGCCGGUGCUGCUGCUAAUAGCUCUCGGGAGGAACAAGACCUGAUGGCACAAGCCUUCGACAGCCAGGAACAACAGCGGGUGUCUGUAGAUCUGGAGUCUGAACCACGAAAUGACAAGGCGGAAUCAGCCUUUCAAAGACAGAGCUCAGCUGACAGGGAUGACUCUCAGGAAGAUUUUACUGCCAAGCAGAGACUUCAGGGAACUGAAAUUCAAGAAACGUCAAUAUCAUUUUACUCCAGGCUCUGCAAUCACUGGGUGUCUUUAGUUGGUGCAAUAAGCUCACUUAUGAUCAUGUUUGUAAUCCAAUGGAUCUAUGCCUUUGUGAACAUUGGUAUGGCAAUACUUCUCUACUUCUACAUUGGAAAAGUGAGCCCUGGUCUGCCUCCAGGAGUAGCUGCACACUUCAGCUUCUUUAAAUGGAUCCAAUCUUCGCUUAAAAACAUAGGAAGGACAGGACCAACCCCUCAAGAGCAGAUUGUCGUGACACCCUCCUUUGCAACAGUUGGCAUGGAGACCACGCAGCUCACUGAGGAGAAUGCAGACUUUGCCUCAAGAGACCGUUAUCACCAUUCUUUCGUCAUCAGCGCAGAGGAAUUGAAUCGCCCGCUCCAUUGAGAAAGAAGUGGCCAGCUUUGUAAGACCUUCUCACACAGGCACCAUUCCCCUUUUCUCAAGCCUGAUUUUACACUGUGAAACUAAAAUAAAGGAAUGGCAACAAUGCUCACACACUGUUUUUUUUUUUUAGUUCACAAACGAAAAAAGUCAUUGUAAAAACUAAUUGUAGAAAAUAUUGACUACCUCUGUGCUCACUACUUUUAACAAAUAAAUGUGACUUUCUCUGUGAUUCUGAUUUUGUAUAAUUUAAUAGA